GUUUUGAAGGAAUUUUGUAGAAUAGAUGAAACGUCAGUGAAUCAAUGUCUAUAAACUUUCUUCUGGGGAUUGAGAAAAUCUUUAGGCUAGCUGAUUUCCUGUUGAGAGACAUUUAUCUAUCACCACCGUGUAGUAUCCACCAAAUAUCUGGAAUGUCAGGAUACUUUGACUGAUUGGUUAGUGCAGCUAAACGUUCAUCAUCUAAAAGUCCUGACUGUUUGUAACUCUCAGUCUGGAUCAAACACUGACAUGUUGAACGUCUCAUGACUAAGUGCUCUUUUUGAGUGCAAAGCUGUUCUCCUUUAUCCAAUGAUUAAAAACACUGCAAGGCCCUGGAGAUCAUUAUGUUUUAGCAAUUGCCUUAAAAAAAGAAACGUUUGCUAAAUUAGGGAAGUAUUUCAGAAGAAAAAACAGAAAACAUGCGGUAAAUUAACUGAAGCAAGAAGUGUCAACCCCAAGUUCUCCAUUUACUGACACGUAGUGUUAAAAAUAUUCAAAUGAUUCAGAGAAACAGAAAACUCCUCCUAUGAUAUGGUUAUGAUGUACUGCAGUUUACAGAGCAUCGUGCUCAGGAAUAAGAACCUUAUUUUUGAUCAGCUUGAGACUGCCUUAUGUCAUGCCCACUUAUGAAAGAUAAAAACAAAUCACAGCCUUUUGCUUUUUGUUGCUGAUUUGAAGAAGAUGAUCGCUUUCCUGGUGCUUUCAUUUCUCGGAGCAGGAACUGUGGGUGCUGAUAGGGAUGUGACUUUCGAAAACCCAAAUCCAUGCGCUGUGGAGGGGUCGUCUGUGGAGUUCAGGUGCUCGUACAACUACCAAGAUGGACAAACUGUUAGAAAGACUGAGUGGUACAAAGGGGAAUUAAAAAAUGGCGUCUGGAUACGUGUGAAGCUCUCAGACCUUCCUUCAUAUCGAAAUCGCUUUGAAUUCAUUGGUGACCAGCAACACGACUGUAGCCUGGCACUCCAUGACCUGCAGCAUAUUGACACUGGGUAUUACUACUUCAGGUUUGACACUGACAUGUUUGGGUGGCGCAGUAAGACUUCAGUGUAUCUCUCUGUCACAGAGCUGCAUGCCAGAGUGUACCCUGACACUGUGAGAGCAGGAGACAGCGUGAGUCUUCAAUGUAAUACAUCCUGCCAUCUUAGCAGCACAGUUUGGUUCAAAGAUGGACACCCAGUAUCCAAACCAGAGUUCCAGGUUCAGGCAGAGGAUGCUGGGAAUUAUUUUUGUGCAGUUGAAGGGCAGGAGUCAGUGCAAUCGGAACCUGUAGCUCUAUAUGUUCAGUAUCCUCCUCUGAAUGUGUCUGUCGAGGUGACUUAUCCUGAUAGCCAAAAUGAGAGCAGCAGUGUGAAUCUGACCUGCAGCAGCUCUGCUAACCCUGCAGCACAAAACUACACCUGGUUCAGGAGGACAGCUUCUCCCAGCUCCGGCUCCAGCUCCAUGUUCCAGGUGGGCUCAGGACAGGUGAUGUCUCUCCCCUCUAUGCAUGUGAACCACACUGGACUCUACCUCUGCCAGGCCAGGAACACAGUGGGGGAAACCAACUCAACUGAGGUGCUGCUGACCAUAAGUGCCAACAAUCAUGGUUUGUUUCACUUAGGAGUCACAAGAAAUCACACAGAGAUAAAUAAAGAGCUUUGGAGUUCUUUAUCAUUAAGCCAAGUCAUCCUCCUGAUUGGAGUCAAAGUAGUAAUUUUGGUGGCUCUUACACUGGUUAUCAUCUGGGCUGGGAGACAUAUACGUAUAAAAAAUGAAGAGGAGAACGACCAUGACUAUGAAAAUGAAAGCACUGGAGUAUAAUGGAUUAAAAAGACAGGCCUGGCCUGCAGGAAAUGUCUGUUUAAGCAUCUCAGAGACGAGUGAUGGCAUUUAAAUGACACGCUGCCAUGUAACUUGGCAUAAGUCUGUGACUUGUGUUGUGGAUGGAGAGCGACUACAAGAACUGGAGGAACAGCUCAGGAGCAGGUUAUUCUUCUUUCUUAUUUCCUCUCUGUGACACAUGAAGAGACAUGUAAGAGUAUCAAAUGUUAUCAAUAAGACAUCACUGCUGUUCCUUUCAUCAAAGAAAGACCUUUUCGGAGAAGCACAGUGAAUUUUAUUGAACAAAAAAAGGCAUUAUAAUUCUAAAAGCUAUGCUUUACCAUAAUGAAAGUGGAGUGGGCCAAUUCAUGUUUUAUUGUUAUCUCUAUGCCAUCGUGUUUAGUUCAUUUCAUCAGAGUUUGUGUCCUGUGAAUGUUGUUCUUGAUCUACUUUUAGUGAUGUGACAAGUUAAACCAUUGUUGUAAAACCAGAAUAUGCUGCCCCCUUCAGUUGAAACUCAUGUACAUCAAUGUGAGGACUUUUAAAAUAAAGAUCAUUACAAUUAUUUGUAUAAUUUACCUGAACAAUUUCCUCGUAAGGUUAGGGCUUAAGUUGGUUAAGAUUGUAUUUUAAGCUUUUAUUAUAUCAGUAUACUUGCAAAAAAAAGAAAGAAAACAACACAGCCUUAAUUUGAUGGAUGCAAAGAGUAAGAGUGUCUUAGAGAAGGAAGAAUCACUAUUUAAUUGUCUUGUCAUUAAAUAAAAUUACUGCCAUUUGUAUACAUAUAAACCUGUUAUAUUCAAAAGUUAAAUAUAAAUGCUGGCUGCUGUAAUGAAGUGUAUGUGUUAUUCAAGAGUUUGAUCAUGCAAUAAACAUACUUAUCUUA